AAUUGGUUUUCCUUACGUCCUCCUCCCUUAGUCUCCCAAUCACCAUCGCCACCAACACCACUGUCAAAUUAUUGAAAUAUAGAAACGAAAGAGAAACGAAUUUUUAAUCUUAGAAAACAAUGGUAGAGGAAAGCAGUAGUAGGAUUCCUACAGAUGAUUCGACGGCAAACUCGGAUACCUCAUCAUCACAAUCCAGGCAAAGGAGAAAGAGAAAGUGGGAUCAGCCUGCGGAGUCACUGGUUUCAGCUGGAGUUCCAGUAUCUGAUACUGUACAAUUAGGCAAUGUGGGGUCUCUUGUUGGGAUCUCGUUACCAGGGGCUGCUUCAGUUUCUGGUGCGCUUUUAACAAAUCCACAAAUUGCUAUUGUUCCGCCUAUGUUUCUGGUGCCUUCGAUGCCACAAAAUACUGCUGCCGUGGUCCCAAAACUAAAUCAACCUAAGGUUCAGGAUGAGUUAAUAAUAGCACGGGAGAUUGUUAUAAAUGAUGCAGAGUCCUCUGUUCGCUACAAGCUUACAAAGCGGCAGACACAGGAAGAAAUUCAGAAAUUCACUGGUGCUGUGGUGAUAACUAGGGGCAAGUAUCGUCCACCAAAUGCACCGCCAGAUGGUGAAAAGCCAUUAUAUCUUCACAUAUCCGCGGCUGCUCAUUUAAAAGAUACUGCAGAACGGAUUUUGGCAGUUGAUCGGGCAGCAGCCAUGGUUGAUGAAAUGCUGAAACAGGGCCAGAGCUCACAGCCUGCUUCUUCCAUUAUACAAAUGCCUGCAGUUAAUGGAGUAAAGGCGCUAAGUACGUGUGUGUUUUUGGGCUUUGACACAGACCCAAAAUUGAAUAUUGCUGCUCGAAUUCGCGGACCAAAUGACCAGUACAUAAGUCAUAUUAUGAAUGAAACAGGGGUUACAGUCGUACUAAGAGGGCGUGGUUCUGGAAACUGUGAAAGCCAAAGUACUGGAGAAUCGCAGCAACCACUUCAUUUAUUUUUGUCUGCUAGUAAUCCAAAAGGUCUUGAAGAUGCAAAACGUUUAUCUGAAAACCUUCUGGAUACAAUCAGUUUAGAGUGUGGUGCUUCCAGGGCUUCGUCAUGUAAAGUUUAUAAUGCUGUCCCACCACCGCAGACAUUAACUGGAGCUCAUGCUGCUGGGAUUGAGCACAAACUAAAUACAAGUGCAGUCACUGGAUUGAUGCUACCAACAAUGAGCUCUACUCCACCUAUUCCUGCUUCUUUGGUUUCAGUUUCCGGGGUUGCUACUGUCUGUUCCCAAGGGACUGUAUCACAGUGUGGGGCAAUGUUGAGCUGUGGGCAACCCCAGCCAAGUGUGGCUGGUUAUUCCCAGCCUUUUGUAAUGGGAGGAACGAGCUAUAGUGGAUAUGGUGGUAUAUAUCCUCAAGCCACACCUUUGCAACAAGUUGCCCAAGUCCUUAGGCAGCCACCUUCCCCCAUCCCUUCCACAGUUUCUCCUACAACGUCUAUAGCAAAUGCAGCACCAAAUUCAGGAAUGAACUCUAUUGCUGAAAAGGAGAAACGACCUACACAGAAGCGGAAGUUUCAGGAAGUACCAGUUGGUUCGAAGGGUCCUGCAAAACUUCAUCAGGGAUCAGAAUUGUCCAAGUCUGGUAAAUCGCUGCAGGCAGAUUUGGGUAUUAGAAAUAUCUCAACUAUGCCAGCUCCAAAAAAGUUGGUCCACCCAUCAUCCAAUGGAAUGCCACCCCCUCCUCCACGAGCCAUGCCUCCACCCCCACCUCCACCAAAGUUCACUUCAUCAACUCCAGCUGCAAGACUGCAAGACAAGAGCAAUUUUUGGAAUAAAACCAUGUCUGAUGCUGUUCCUGUUGUUUCAGAUACUUUAGUCAAACUGAUGGAAUAUGGCGAAGAAGAUGACGAUCCUGAGGAUACCAGUGAAGAAUCCCCAAAUGGGAAGUCCAGUAUCGCGGCAGUUCGAAAACCAUUUUGGGCUUUAUGACCAGUACUUGUGCUGUGGAUUAUUGCCAAUGAGCAGUGAUCAUUUCCAACAUGUGCCAACUAUGUGUUUGGAGAUUCUGAAGCUCAAAACGUUGUAUUGAUUUAGUUAGUUAACAUAAGUAACGGUAGGGAUAUAAAAUGUUUUGGGGUGCGGGAAUUGAUUUUUGGCACAGUAUUGGGAAGUUCUGAAUCUCUUUGGCUUGUUUCUUUGCGGCUGGUGUUUUAGGGCAAGGAGGGAUUUACGUCGUCAUAUUUUCGGUGUAGAUGUACAGUAAUAGCUUCUUGUUUGCAGUCUAUAUUGUUAUUUCA